AUGGGCACAACAUUGUCAGCCUGGACAUUCUCCCUGGGCGCGACUCCCCCUCCGACGUCUUAUCCCUCGCAUCAUCCCGGCCCUUCCCAGUGUUGUCCCCCUGAAGCUGUUCGUCGAGAUGAAUGGGUCCUCAUUCAGGUUGCUUUCGCAGACCUCAACGUCGGUGCCAUCCUCCACAUGGUUCUCAUACCUGCUUUCCCGCGCAGCAAGGCAUGCGGAUUACUGGAAAUAGACCGCUCUGGCAUCGUCCAGGACACUCGCGUCCGCAAAGGCAACAAAGCCAUGGUCAUGCUGCCCGCCAGCCACGCCCUCCCGACCGGAACCGGCACCCUGGCCGAAUACAUUGCCACCUCGGCCCGCUUCGCCCUCCUCGCCGAGUCCGGUGCCAAGCCCGGCGACCGUAUCCUCGUCAACGCGGCCAGCGGCGGCAUCGGGCAUCAUGGUCGUGCAGAUAGCCCGCUGGACUGUUCGGUCCCGAGGGCCUUAGUCGUCGGCAUCAGCCGCGGCAGAAACGCCCGAAUGGUCGAGCGCCUCGGGGCCGACCAGGUCAUCAACUAUACCCAACACCAGCAAGACGACGAGCACAUCGAACUCUCUGCCCAUCUCGCCAGCCGCUUCCGCUCCGUUCCCUUCGACGCCGUCAUCGAUACCCUCGGCCACCAGUCCCUCCACGUCCACUCGCCUAUCUACCUCCGUGCCCCAGCUUCCAGCGCGCCGUCUGGCAGAUGA